CCUACAAAUGAGAUGGUACUUCUAACUUAGAUCAACUUUACCAACAACUUUCACAGUCUUUUGCGCUCACUAGAUAAGAACUCUGAAACACAUUAGAGCACAUAAACAAUUUUUUUAUGGGUUUAUGAGAACGAGCGGUUUAGGAUCUUGUCCGGGUCUUGCCUGCACUUUGGUUUUCCUGCAUUCCUCUUUGUUGCAGAAACAGAUGCUUCUUCCUGUUCACUUGACGACUUCCUGACUUCAUGGUUUGAUUUGAGCCCUUAAAGUGAAGGUCACUUCCUCAUCAUGUCCUUUGACUCGGACCCUUACAUCUUCACCACCGACACUCUCCCCAGUGACCACCGCUUCCUCCCUCCACUGGCAAACGGGUCCCUGGGCUGGAGGGUGUACAAUAAUAUCAUGCAUAUGGGCGGUGUUUACAAUGGGGAGGGUGGACGCUGCCACAGAGCAGAUGUCCCCUGUCCUCUAGCUGUUAGAGUGGAGCUAGAGGAACCUGCCCAACACACCUACACCCUGGAUACCCACAAAGGUAUUUUUACUCACACUCUGAACUCGGCUAACAUAACUGCCACACAUUCUUUGUACUCUCACCGACACUACUCCAACCUGAUGGUGAUGGAGAUCCUGCUGGUUCGUCAAGAGACCUCAAAUGAGCCUGUCACGGUUAAGCUGGUCAGCUCAUUCACACCUCAGAGCAAAGACAUCAUUUUUGAGUCUGGUCCUGAUUACAGAGGAGGAAGCCACAUCCAAGGACACACGACCACAGCUGAAUACCCAGGAGGUUCUUGUCCCACAGUGCACAUCAUCUGGACCCCCAUACCCCUGACUCUGACGCUCCCUCCGGAGCACAGCCAAGCUCGCUGGGGCUUCAUCUUGGUUGUGGCUGGCACUUUAAACUCCGCUGAGGCUAGUUUUGAUGAAGGCCUGAAUCUGAUGGCAACUGGGAGCCUGCGUCCAUCUCACGAGAAGGCCUGGCAAGAGCUGUGGCUGCAGAGCAAAGUGGAGGUAACAGGGUCUGAGAGCCUCUGCAAGGCGCUGAUUGGCUGCAUGUUCUACCUCCUCAGUGCUUUCCCUUCCAUACAUAACACCUCCAGCUCUUUUGGUGGAGUCAGUCCAGGAGGGCUUUCUAAUGGAGGAGAGGGCCAGGACUACUGGGGCCAUGUUUUCUGGGACCAGGACAUCUGGAUGUACCCUGGGAUAGCCCUUUUCUACCCCAAGCUAGCCCGAGCUGUGCUGGAGUACAGGGUGGGGACUAUAGAUGGUGCUAAAGACAACGCCCAAAAGCAAGGCUACAAGGGACUGAAGUUCCCAUGGGAGAGUGCUGUGUCAGGGAGAGAGGUGUGUCCAGAAGACAUUUAUGGACAACAAGAGAUUCACAUCAAUGGAGAUGUCACACUGGCCUUCCAGCACUAUCUCUACCUCUCUGAGGAUCUCUCCAUGUUCAGAGAGGGACGGGGCAGCGAGGUCAUCUAUGGUGUGGCUGAUUAUUGGGUUUCAAGGGUAACCUGGAACCCUGAGGACCAGACAUAUCACCUCCUGGGUGUCAUGCCACCUGAUGAAUAUUACUACAAUGUCAAUAACUCUGUGUACACAAACUCAGUGGCCAAACUCAGUCUCCAGUUUGCUGUAGAACUGGCUGAACUCCUGCAACACCCUGCACCCAAGGAAUGGCAAGCAGUGGCCGAAUACAUUAAGAUACCUUUUGACCAAGAGCACCAGUACCAUCCUGAGUAUGACGGCUACAUUAAAGGUCAUCCCGUGAAGCAGGCGGACACAGUGUUGUUGGGCUAUCCUCUUGGACUGCCGAUGUCCCCAGAGGUUAGAAGGAAUGACCUUGACGCUUACGAGCCAGUGACAGACCCUCACGGUCCAGCCAUGACAUGGGGUAUGUUUGCAAUCGGCUGGCUCGAGCUCGGGGAGGCUGAGAAAGCUCAGCUUUUACUUGAAAAGUGCUUCAAAAACAUCCAGGGCCCGUUCCAGGUAUGGAGUGAAUCAUCUGAUGGCUCUGGCACAGUCAACUUUCUCACAGGUAUGGGAGGAUUUCUGCAAGCUGUGCUCUUUGGCUACACUGGUUUCAGAAUUCAGAAGGACUGCCUGGCAUUCUCCCCGCUUCUUCCCAAAGACGUCUCUGAGCUUUGUGUCCGUGGUGUGAACUACCUGGGCAGCCAGAUGGACUGGUUGCUGAGGAAAGGGGAAGUCUGCAUCAUACUGAGGGAGCAGGCAGGCAGUGCAGGCAACACUAAGCCCUGUAAUCUACAAGUUGUCCUGAAGGCAUCGGGAACUAAAAUCCCUCUCACACCAGGGCAGCCAGUAACUUUCCCUCGAGAGCCCGGAUAUGUUUCCAAACUGACCUCAACUGCUUCCUGCUGGCCUUUCUGAAACGGGAGCGUCGAUCCUCCGAAUCAUUUCAAAUACAGAUUAUUUAUUUUUAUUAUGCUUUGCUUGAUUUACCAAACUUAUUCAAUUCAAUAAAGAAGGGCAGUGUUAAGUGAAGUCUGAGCAGGACUUUUUGAGUUAAUAAAGAAAAAUGCAGAGGGUUGAGUUAUUGAGGGUUUUUUUUUUAUGUUUUAUAGAAUAUCAUGUAGAUUCAUGUGUGUGAAGGGAAAAGUAAAAUCUAAAAGGAAAAGAUUUCAAUGCAUGGCAAUUUGGCUUAUUUAUAUUUGGAUGUCAAAAGAAAUGUGGUUAGCAGAGUUAUUAUAAUUCUGUAUGUUUAAUUAGUCUUUCUUUUUAGUUUUGGAUGUUUUCAGUUUGGUUCUAGUUUCCCGAGUGACUUUGACAUUUCAGUUGAAUGAAUUUUCAUUCAUUUCUGUGUUUGUUUAUAUUGUAACGGCUGGCAUUUGUCAGGGCGUAGAGGUGGGAAAUACCACCCCAUGAUAUGAUAUUAUUGUGAUUUUUAACAUUUUGUGAUGUGUUGAGUAUUGCAAUAACAUAUAUUGUGAUUUAUCACCUUUUUUUUUUCCAACUGCAAAUUAUAUCCUCAAAGUUAAACUUUGUCAAUAUCUGUUUUAUCCAGUAAGAUAAAAUUGUCUCACUUCAGUUAUUUUGUAAAGUGCAUACCAACACUGUAACUAAAACCUGCCAUAAAUGUUGCCAAUAAG